AUAAGUGACAGCUUGAUGGCGUCGUGGGGUCAGCAGCGAGCGGAGCUACCGUUAACCAGGGUGUAAAGUACAGCUAAAAGAGCGCCUCUGAUUAAGUUAGCCUUUUAACCACUGCACAGACAAGGAGCUACUUAGUCAGACGAGCCGCCGUUUUGUCGUCUUGUGGUCGAAAAGCUUCAGCUGGCUCCUCUGACAGUCGUCAGGCCUCGUCGUCGUCGUGGUCCGGCAGCACUCGAGUGAAGUUGGGAGCGGACUGCCAAACUUCUGCUUCCUCCAGCGGCUCUCCGCGGGGCCCGGGGCUCCUGUCACCGGCCCUGUGGAUGAGGAAGUGACUACACAUCUAAUUAGCGCCCAGGAGAAAGGAAUCCCUUUGAUGGGAGAAUCCUCUUUCCUGGCCUCCUGGGUCAAUCGCCGUGCCAUUAAGAUGGAUGAGCAGGAGGCGCUGAACUCCAUCAUGCAGGACUUGGCCGAACUGCACCGCUCCAGCCGUCCUGCCGCGUUCCUGUCAGACCUGUGCAAACCCAAAGCCUCGUCGCCCAAGAACCAGAAUGAUGUGAGAGUGAAGUUCGAGUUCAAAGGGGAGAAGAGGAUUUUGCAGUUCCCUCGACCUAUCAAGCUGGAGGACCUGAGGUCGAAAGCUAAAGUGGCUUUUGGUCAGACAAUGGACCUCCACUACACAAACAAUGAGUUGGUGAUUCCAUUGACAACUCAGGACGACCUGGACAAAGCUGUAGAGCUGCUGGAUCGCAGUGUUCACAUGAAGAGUCUGAAGAUUCUCCUCGUGCUGCAGGUCUCCUCUGAGAACUCGUCAUCCAACAUGGACCUCCUGCCGUCCCACGAGGAGCUGGACAACACGGGGUUCCGGGUCACAGACAAGAAGAGCAUGCUGGCGUUGAUAGGUUCCCACUCAACAGACCGCAGCUCUCCUCCUCCAGGAUACAUUCCCGACGCUCUGCAGCAGGUGGCGAGGAACGGCUCCUUCACCAGCAUCAACAGCGAGGGGGAGUUCAUUCCUGAGAGCAUGGACCAGAUGUUGGAUCCAUUGUCCAUGAGCAGUCCGGAGAACUCAGCUUCUGGAAGUUGUCCCUCCUUAGACAGCCCACUGGACAGUGAUUACCCAAAGUCCAGGAUGCCCAGGGCUCAGAGCUACCCAGACAACCACCAGGACUUUCCAGAGUACGAUAUUCCGGUGUUUGAGAAGUCGGGAAAAGGAGGGACGUAUCCUCGCCGGUACGGCAUUCCUUUUGGCCUUCAGGAUUACAGUGAUGGGAGGAAGACUUUCCCUCGGGCUCGGCGGACGCAGGUUCACGGUUUCCGCUCUCCAAUCAGCUUCAGCUCGACCGAGCAGUCGCCUAGCACAAGCAGUGGCAGCAGCGUCUUCACGCCUGACCUGGAGGAGGCCCCCGGCCCCGCCAGGAGGCCGCGGAGGGGGAGCGACAUCGAGCCAAACCCCAAUCCGGCCGUGGCUCCGACGCUCUCCGUCAUGGACGUCAGUCCACCCAGCCGCUCCCCGCGAGCGCCAACCAACUGGCGGCUGGGGAAGCUUCUGGGUCAGGGAGCUUUCGGGCGGGUCUUCCUGUGUUACGAUGCCGAUACUGGACGGGAACUGGCAGUUAAACAAGUCCAGUUUGAUCCAGAGAGUCCCGAGACCAGCAAGGAGGUGAGCGCACUGGAAUGUGAAAUCCAGCUCCUGAAGAACUUGUGCCAUGAGCAGAUCGUCCAAUAUUACGGCUGUCUGCGAGACACGAUGGAGCGAACGCUCUCCAUCUUUAUGGAGUACAUGCCUGGAGGAUCCAUUAAAGACCAGCUGAAGUCGUACGGAGCGCUCACGGAAAAUGUGACGCGCCGCUACACCAGGCAGAUCCUGGAGGGGGUUUCCUACCUGCACAGCAACAUGAUCGUCCACAGGGACAUCAAAGGUGCAAACAUCCUCAGAGACUCGGUGGGUAACGUGAAGCUGGGAGACUUCGGGGCCAGCAGGCGGCUGCAGACCAUCUGUCUGUCAGGAACAGGCAUGAAGUCGGUGACCGGUACCCCGUACUGGAUGAGCCCAGAGGUGAUCAGCGGAGAGGGGUACGGCAGGAAGGCAGACAUCUGGAGUGUCGGCUGCACUGUCGUGGAGAUGCUGACUCAGCGACCUCCGUGGGCAGAGUUCGAGGCCAUGGCGGCCAUCUUUAAGAUCGCCACGCAGCCCACUAACCCCGUCCUGCCCGCCCACGUGUCGGACCACUGCCGGGAGUUCCUCAAACGGAUCUUCGUGGAGACCAAGCAGCGGCCGUCUGCAGAAGAGCUGCUCAGGCACAUCUUUGUACAUUAACCCCUCCCGCCCCCUCCUCAAAUCUUGAACCCCCGCCUGCCUGCCGAACUGCCAAAUACGGCCUUAUCUGACCCCGCCCCCUCCACCUUUACACUGAGACCACGUUGGACCAGGAAAGACUGGCUGGAAGAAGGUGGGGGCGCUCCUCCUGUCUCUGUUUGUAUGAGACUGCCAUAAAGGACACAAUUUCUUAUUUUAUUUUUCUCCGCAAGUUGCACCUUAACGUCUCCAAUGCGGAGGAAGAGGUUGAGCACUUCCUCCUCUCUGAAAAACUGUUUUGUUUUUUAAAAUGUUUGUACGGUUUCUCGCUCUGAGCGUUUUGAAGCGGGAUGGUGUCGGUGUUGUGGACCUAACAGGAGCUGAUGCCUGACUCUGGAGUAAACCCCACCCUGCCCCCUUCUCAUCCUCCUCCAAUGUCUUGCUGACCCGACCCCAGAAUGUAGUCUCCUGCCAAAACCCAGAGUGACGGGCGCGCUGCUAUAGACAAACCUGAAUCCCAGAUCCAGAGAACACUCCCCCGAGAAUUUUCCACCCACCUGCCCUCAUCCCUCGCCGAAGUCCACUCCGUUUUUCUGAACGAAGUGCAGAUGAAAUGUUCUGAUUCGUCGUCCCCGUCUCUGUGCCUUUUUAUGUUUGAGAAUGAGUCUCAGCUUUUUGUUCUCACAGUUUUGUUUUGUGUUUUGUUUUGUUUGUUUGUUUUGAUUUUUGCCUCCUGGAUAAACUGCCUUCACACCAGCUGAUCCCAGUUCAGCCGUUUCUGCCUUUCUGCGACGGGGACUCGCUGUGCUGAUCAUUUCGGUUUGUUCGUUCGCCUGCUGUACCAGCGCCGCCGGCUGGAAACCAAAUAUCCUCCGUUUAGAAAAGUCGUCGUGCUGGUGUAGAAGUGAAGCGCCGCAUCGGUACCUGUGCUCGCUUUCCUCCUGAUUCUCUGAUCUGAUUGGAUGCCUCUUCAGCAUGGCAUAUUUGCAGCAGAUUCAUGAAUUUACUGCUGGUAAAGCCACAGAAAGCAACAGGGACGACUCUCAUGACCAGACUUGAAAGGUGCAGCGUGCAGGAUUGUUGAUUCAAAACAUUUAAAAACUCAACUAAAACACACUCGUAUCCUCUUCAGACCACCAUAGCUAAUUCUGGAACGUGACUGAUUUGGAUGUCUAGUUUAAGGAGAGCAAGUCGAUAAAUGAAACUGAAGUCGUUGGUAAGCGAAAGUUGGCCGGGCAGGGUUUGUUUUAACCUGUAGAGCUUACACCAUCCCAUGGACAGGUCAGGUCCUCGCAGGGAGACGAGAUCGUGUAACUUCACCAGCAGUUCAUCUUUUCUGGUGAAUACGUCCGUGUCAGAGAGAGGGAAAGAACUAGUUUAAACCGUUUCAAACCGUGCAGUAUAUUCAGGACUAACCUCGUGUUGUGGAUGGAUUGUGGAAGUUUUUACAUUUCUGGUAUCUUCUUCCUCAGCAUGAACUUCCAUGUAGAGCAUGGAAGUUCAUCUAACAUCUCAUCUAACAUCUAAAUUUGGACCUUUUUAAAUGUUCAGAUCAAGCCAGCCUGAGUAUUUUGAUAAGACAGAAGCUGCUAAUUUGGUGCUUUCAUCUGUUCACAGUGAGUCUCUGCCAUCAGAUCGGAGAAGCAGUGGGGGGAAACUUGAAGAUCUUGCUCUGUUGUCCGUUUCAUUUCAAACUAAACGUUUUUAGCUGCUCAUCAUUUAACUGAAGGGUACACGCAGCCUCUCCUGGAGCUCUGCCGCUGCAGUCGGUAUGUUUGUCGCCGUUUUCAGACACUCGCAGAGCUUCAUUCUCGUGUUUAUUGCUUGGUACUGCAGUCGCUGUCACCACCGAAUCAAAUGCAUCAAAGCAGACUCGUCACUUUAACCACAAACGCUCCGUUCAGCACGUUUGAUUUUAAAGCAUUGACUAUGCACACGCUGGAUAGCAGGUGGCACCUCAGCUUGUGCUGACGACUUCUUCUUCUUCUUCUUCUUCUUCUUUUAAUUCACUUUUUGAUUAGUAAUGGUGACGUUUCUGAGCAGCUCUGCCAGCAGCCAAUCAAAUAGUUAUUUAGGGCUCAAAUUAUGCCUUAAAUAUUGGCCAUUUGCAGCAGGUGGAUUAUCAAGCAGUCCAUGUAGAAAGCUUCUAAAUGCUUAAACAAUGAUGUGAAUUAGAGUCCUGGUGGGAGUUACUGUUGUGCUGCUAAGAUUGAAAUGUUUCUAGGUUCAAAGACACGAUAUGCAAACCUUUUAUUAUCAUCAGAGCCGGUUUCUGCAGAGCAGGGGAGGAAGCGUUUCUGGUGCAUUCAGCAACAUUUGACCAGCAGAGAAAAGUGAUGGUGACUCUCUAAAAUUAAACUCCUCAGAUCCCCACCUUUCGCUCUCCUACACACAUCUAAAGCACCUCUCCUGGUCGUCUUUACUGCUCAGUGAGCCAUGACCAGGUUUUUUUUUACCAAGCUUUUUUGUGGUGGAUAGAUUAUUGGGUCUGUGAUAGUAAAUAAACUUAGAUUUUAGCUUAGAGAGUCACAUGUUUGUGUGUUUCUGGCACUUGUUAAUGAAUUAAUAUGCAGAAAUGAUCCAAACAUUGUUUGUAGCACUUGGAGGCCUUUGAAGCUUCAUUGUCCAGAUAUUUGAUUGUGAAGUUCAUAUUUUCUGUUAUAUAUGCAAAUCCAAAAACUGUCAAAUGGUUAUCCACUUGUUUUGAUUACACCCAAUAUUAAUAAGUGUUCCUAAAUUGGGAUGUUAAAUAGUCUCUCAGUGAUGUGGUAACUUGUAGCACGAUUACGGGUGGCGACAUGUUAGCAAGCUGCGUUCAUGACGUAUUGUUGCAGAAUGCUAAUUGGAGCCAAAAAUGAACAGCAAACUUCUCAGACGAGCUGUAGCUCAGAUUGUUUUGUUUAUUAAAUAACCACAUUUAAAAAUGCUCCAACAGCACAAACGGCAGUUGAGAUGUUCAGCUUGCAGCUGCCUGUGUGGCCACUCCCCUUUCUUUAAAUCUGAUUGGUGAAGUUGUAACAAAUGCCACCUGCUGUACACAUUUUAUACCAUUAGAGGCCACCCCCCCCCCCCCCCCCCUUUUUCUUUUUUGUUGUAUCAGGCUGUGAACAUGUUUAUUUGUGCUGUAAAGGGAUUUUUGAAGCAGCCUCAAGUGGCCACUGGAGGAACCGCAGUUUUUGAAACAUACCUGAAGGUUGUUGCUUCAGUCUGUAGUCUGGACUAAUAUCACAUUGUUUACUUGGCCUUCUCAUUUAUACAGUAUGAUGGCUCUUUAAACACCGUAGCUAAAGAAAAGCUCUAAAUAAUUACAAAUAAUCCUUGCUGAAGCUUCAAAGACUCGGAUCAGCUUCUUAGGGCCAACCCUAGUAGUAUUAAAAAAAAACAAACAUUAUGCACUUCUGAUGUCUCGUAGUGACGUUUAGGUGUUACUACAGAGUCGGAUUUUCCUGACUGCACCUUUGUAAAAACAGGCAGGGAACAGUCUCUUUGACCUCUGUCGCCCCGACUUCCUGUGAAGUCACUUUCAAGCCUUUCUUGCUCUGUGGAAACUCAGUUUUACACUCACAUUAUGCAUCUUCUCAGUGGUACGUUCCUUUGGCUCUUCAGGCGGCUUACGGCAAGCCAUCUGGUACUGAUGGAGAUCGCCAGCACUGGUCAUCAUAGAUACGCACUACCAUUAUGCACUAUCGGUUCUUCGCUGAUGCCCUCCCCCUCCCCCCUUACAGUUCCUGACGCUCGUGCAGCUCGGCUCGGCGACUUUUUCUUUGCACAUUUUUAAAGACUGUUUUUCGUUUUGUUUUGUUUGUUGUUGUUGUUGUUGUUGUUUUUUGUUUUUUUUACUUUGUGUAUGAGUGCGAGAGAGAUGGAUGAUGAUGAUGAUGAUUAUGAUGGCGGUUCAGUUAACCUUGACAUGAAUGUAACGUCUCAUUCUUGGCCUCGUUCACCACAGUGGAUUAACUCUUCGGUACCAGUAUUUGUCACCUGUGGAGCGCCAAGAUACACCUGUAGUUCUCGUUUAAAGCCACUGCUGCCAUUCCUGAAUGAAUGAGUGAAUGAAUAAACGCGUGUGAGUGUGUUAAUGUGCAUUUACUGCAGAUGUUGCUCAUUGGACACUGCGCCUGAAAUGCCUUGAGCAUUCUGACUGUAGGGGGUGAGAGCGUUAAAAUAAAAAAAUAAAAAUCAUGUACAAAUGUAUAAAAAUGAAAUUGUACUACUUUUUUUUCUUUUCUUUUGUCUUUUUUUUUUUUUUUUUUUAAAAGGAAGCUUGUAUCCCACAUGUUUGGUCUGUGUAUUGUAAAAGAAGCCAUGUUUAUAAUUCUAAUUGGUUUGUGACCAAUAUGCCUGUUUAUAUCAGAUCUGUAUAUCAGUGGUACGCAUAAUUUUUUAAUAUAUUUUUUAUUUUUCCUUUUUUUUUCUCUUUUAAAUGGGAGAUUGUAUGCAUGGUUGGGUCCUGAGAGACGCAGCGGUGCCGUUGAAUGGUUGCUGUUUUUGGGCAAAAUUUCUGGAGUAUUGCAACAGCUCGGUGUUCAUAAUUAAAACAAUUAUGACGAUGACAACAAUAAAAGAUAUUUAUUUCA